CAUGGCUUGCCUCACAUCACGCCACAGAUCAACCAACGACCAACAAAAAGCAUCAAAAAGGAGUCUUCUCCAUCGCGUCACACAGUCUACAAGCAGCAGUGCCCUCGCCCACCUUCCCUCCCUCAUGCUGGAGGCAUCCCGUCUAGAACAUCACCCGGAUCCGCUGGACAGACGGCGCCACGAACAACGGAGAAAAACAGAGACAGAGAAGACACAUGCCAAAGAAAACCAAGAGGCAGAAGGAUCGGCAGCUCGUCUUCCAUUCUUCUGGCAGCUUUGUUCAGGGGCCGCCACUUGGCCAGCUCAGCUUCUGCCUGCUCCAUCCGCUUCUUGCAGUCAUCUCUCUCGGCCAUGAUCUCAUCCCUUUCCUUCUGCAGCUCACUGAGGUAUUCAUACUGACAUCGCCGAUGCGGAGACACACAUGAACCACUCAGAUUGACUGACCUGUCUAGGCCCCUCCUGACCGAGAGUGUUACAGCGUGACCAUUCAUUCAUUCAUUCACCCUUGCUUAGAGUCAGUCUGAUGGGUGUAGUGAUCCAUUCAUCCAUUCUACCUAAUUAUUCGGCUGAAUGUCCAUCUGUCUCUCUGCCGGUAGGCAUCACGCUCUGCUCGGUACUCGUCCCUCUGCCGCUGCACCUCCUCAAUCAGGCGCUGCUGUGUCCGCUGCUGCUCCAGCAGCUGCUGCCGCACCAUCUCUGCACUGAUGUCACCGACCUCAGAUGACGCCGACGUCACGGCCGAGUCCUGGACCCGCUGGGCCUCGAGGUCCCUGAUCUGGGCCUCCGCCUGUCGGUCGCGCCGCUCCGCGUCAUCCAGCCGUCGCUUGUAGUCGUCAAGCUCAGCCCUCAACUCGUUGCGCUGCCUGGUGAGCUCCUGGAUGAGCUGCUGCUGCGUGCCCCGAUGGUCCUGCGAGAGCGAGAGGAGCACCUCGGCGUCCAGCGUCACCACUGCCGGUGAAGCGCCCUCCAAGAACACCACUGACAUGGCGUAGUAGAUGAAUGAGAGAUCUGCAACACAAAAGACGAGAAGAAAGGUGACUGCGUCGAGUGGAAGGUUGUAUACAUAUAUUUUAUAUACACACCUCUCGCGCCUCCUCCUCUUUCCAGCCAAGCUCGCCAUUUUUGAGCUCGCCUUUCUCACGCUCCGUUUUUGUACAGAUUUCGUGUACAGGGGAUGGGAGUGGAUGGAGCAU